GAAGCAAAACCAAUGGAGUCUUAACCCUGAUUAACCAAUUUAUUUUAUCAACUAAUUUUUGUUGAUGGUGAACUGCCAUUGAUGCUUUUCCCUGCUUGCUACCAAAUUCCCACUUCACCUUGCUCUCCAGUUGGCUGUUGCAUUGUCGCUUCAUUCCUUAAAUUCAAAAUGCCCAAAUGAACCAACUUCUACUUAGCUGAUGUAUUUUGAAUUAGGGGAAUUUUGGAUGUGGAUAAUUUACUUGUGUGUGUUAUGAUUUUGCCAUUUAAAUCAUGUGUUAGUGUUCAUCUCUGCAAUCAAGAAUUCACUGUCUUUAGAAGCUGAAGCAAAGCUCAGAAAUGAUCAGAAUUCUACACCUAAACAAUUUUUAAGUUCUGUAAUGGGGUUGCUAUUUGACAGUUACACUUGUCUUUCUAAUUUUACCUGUAUCUGAGAACAUGCAAAUCUUUUACCCCUUGUUUGGAAAGUCUAAGAAAAUGCAAGAAUUCAGUUCAAGUGAAUCCCAUUUCGUAAUUGUCAUGUUGAGUGAAAAUUGUUGAUUGUUGCUAGAUAUUAAUUUUUCAACUUGAAAGAAAGGCAUUGUGAAUAAAUGAAAUUUUGCCAAAAUUGACAUAAACAUAAUUUAUUUCAAACAAUGCCUUAUAAUUAUGAUCUGAUUAUUCCUGUUCUCUCGAUUUUUUCAGCAAUUUACGGCUGCUGAAAAUCUACUGUUACUACGGAGGAGGUGUUGCUCUUGUUUUCUGAGGGUACAUCCUACAUUAUAUUGAUCAAUUGGUAGCAAGUACUACGAAUAUAAAACACAUUUUUGCAGAGUCAUCACUGUGCAAAAAAGAAAAUGGCAGCUGAGAGAAUUGGUGUCACAGUUGGUGUCACUUUUGCUACCAAGAUUACAGAACUCUUGGCGAACCCAACUAGACGUCAACUUCGAUAUGUGUUUUGCUUCAACAGUAUUGUUGAAGAACUUAAGAAAGAAGAGAAGAAUCUGAUGCUAGCGCGAGAUCGGGUGCAAAACAAAGUCAACAUGGCCUUAAGAAAUGCUGAAGAAAUCGAGAAAGAUGUAGAAGAGUGGAUGACAGAAACAAACACAGUCAUCGACGAUGUUCAGCGGCUUAAAAUUGAGAUUGAGAAGUAUAUGAAGUACUUCGACAAGUGGUGUUCUAGUUGGAUCUGGCGAUACAGUUUCAACAAGAAAGUGGCAAAAAAGGCAGUGAUUCUUAGAAGGCUCUGGGAAAGUGGCAAAUUUGAUACAGUGUCCUAUCAAGCUCCACUUUCAGGCACAGAAUUUUUUCCGUCCAAGGAUUUUACUCCUUCAAAAUCUUCAAGAAAAGCUUUGAACCAGAUUAUGGUGGCUGUGAAGGAUGAUGAUGUCAACAUGAUUGGCCUGUAUGGUAUGGGAGGGGUGGGUAAGACCACCUUAGUUAAAGAAGCUAGCAGAAAAGCCACUAUGUUGAAGCUUUUUGAUCAAGUUCUGAUGGUUGUGGUGUCCCAAGCUCAAGAUGUCAUAAAGAUCCAAGAUCAAAUGGCAGACAAGUUAGGUUUGAAUUUUGAUGUAAAGACUACCGAGGGAAGAGCAAGACGAUUGCAUAAGAGAUUGAAGAAUGAGAAGAAGAUACUUAUAAUCCUGGAUGAUGUUUGGAGAUAUCUUGACUUGAAAGAUAUAGGGAUCCCACAUGGUGACGAUCACAAGGGCUGUAAAAUUCUCCUAACAACACGUCUACGGCGUGUCUGUGCUUCUCUAAACUGUCAAAGAGAUAUUCCUUUGCAUGUUUUAACUGAAAGUGAAGCAUGGGCUUUGUUCAAGAAUAUUGCAGGUCUACAUGAUUGCUCCUCUGACUUGAACAAUGUGGCAGUGAAAGUUGUAAGAAAAUGCAAAGGUUUGCCUUUGGCGAUUGUGACUGUAGGGAGGGCUCUAAGAGAUAAAAGCUUUAGUGGAUGGAAAGUAGCUCUUCAAAAACUUAAAAGUUCUAGACUCAUAGACAUUCGGGAUGUUGACAAAGACAAAAAUGCUUAUGCAUGUCUGAAGUUGAGUUUUGAUCAUUUGCAGUGUGAAGAAACCAAGUUGUGCCUGCUGUUGUGCUCUCUCUUUCCAGAAGACUAUGAAAUAUUCGUUGAGGACUUGGCUAGAUAUGCAGUUGGGUUGGGGUUCUAUCAAGAUGCUCAAUCGAUAGAUGAUGUACGGAGUGAAGUGUUUGAGGCAAUUGGUGACCUCAAAGCUUCUUGUCUGUUGUUGGAAACUGAAAGUGAAGGACACGUGAAAUUGCAUGACAUGGUUCGUGAUUUUGCCUUAUGGGUUGGAUCCAGAGUGGAACAAGCAUUUAGAGUGAGAGCCAGAGUUGGUUUGGAAGAAUGGCCAAAGACUGGAAACUCUGACAGUUAUACUGCUAUGUCCUUGAUGAACAACAAUGUAAGAGAACUUCCUGCCAGAUUGGUUUGUCCAAAACUUCAACUGUUGUUAUUGGCCAGAAAAAGAGCAUUAUUUUGCAGAGAAGAAACUAUCACUGUUCCGGAUACAGUAUUUGAAGGAGUGAAAGAACUUAAAGUUUUAUCUUUAGCCCAUGGAUUCUUGUCAAUGCAAUCUUUAGAAUUUCUAACAAAUCUUCAGACCUUAGAGCUCAAAUAUUGCUAUAUCAAUUGGCCCCGCUCAGGGAAGAAAAGAACUGACCUUGCUUUAUUUCAGAUGCUAAAACGACUCAAGAUUCUUAGCUUCUUUGGUUCUUUUAUUGAAGAAUUGCCUGAAGAAAUUGGAGAACUGGAUAAUCUAAGAGUGUUGGAUUUGAGAAGUUGUAAAUUGCUGGUGAGAAUUCCCUCGAAUCUGAUUCGGAGGUUAUCCAAACUGGAAGAGUUAUACAUCGGUAGCUCUAGCUUUAAGAAAUGGGAAGUUGAGGGUACAUGCAAACAAGGAAGCAAUGCUAGCUUGAUGGAGCUGAAGUCACUAUCUCACUUGGACACUGUAUGGUUGAACUAUGAUGAGUUCAUCCAGAAGGACUUUGCUUUCCCCAAUUUGAAUGGGUAUUACGUGCACAUAAAUUGUGGAUGCACCUCUGAUUCAUCCCCAUCAGGUAGCUAUCCUACCUCAAGAACAAUAUGCUUGGGGCCUACCGGUGUCACGACAUUGAAGGCAUGCAAGGAGUUGUUCCAGAAUGUAUAUGAUCUUCAUUUGCUCAGCAGCACAAAUUUCUGCAACAUUCUCCCAGAGAUGGAUGGAAGGGGCUUUAACGAGUUAGCCUCCCUUAAGCUCCUUUUAUGCGACUUUGGGUGCCUCGUGGACACUAAGCAACGGCAAGCACCAGCAAUUGCAUUCUCAAAUUUAAAGGUGAUAGACAUGUGCAAAACAGGUCUCAGAAAAAUAUGUCAUGGUCUGCCACCAGAGGGGUUCCUAGAAAAAUUACAAACACUUAAGUUGUAUGGCUGCUACCAUAUGGUUCAGAUAUUUCCUGCAAAGUUGUGGAAAACAUUACAGACUCUGGAAAAGGUCAUUGUUCGUCGUUGUAGUGAUUUGCAAGAAGUAUUCGAGCUCCACAGACUCAACGAAGUAAAUGCUAAUUUGCUUUCUUGUUUAACAACAUUAGAACUUCAGGAGUUACCUGAACUGAGGAGCAUAUGGAAGGGCCCCACCCAUAAUGUAAGUCUGAAGAAUCUCACUCAUUUAAUCUUGAAUAACUGCAGGUGUCUGACAUCUGUUUUCUCACCGUCCCUUGCUCAAAGUCUGGUGCACAUAAGAACAAUCUAUAUAGGAUGUUGUGACCAGAUCAAGCAUAUUAUCGCAGAGAAGGUUGAGGAUGGGGAGAAAACAUUUUCGAAACUCCAUCUCCAACCACUUAGCCUACGUAACUUGCAGACUCUCACAAUAUACGAGUGCAAUAGAUUGGAAUACAUAUUCCCAAUAUCUAUUGCUCGAGGCUUUAUGCGCCUGGAAAAAAUUAUUAUAGUGCGCGCAGUUCAGUUAGCGGAAUUCUUCAGGACUGGAGAGCAAGUUAUACUUUCUCCAGGUGGGAAUAAUAGCAUGUCUCUUCAGCAAAAGAAUUUGGAACUCAAAUGUUCAUCACCGCAUAGCUGCUGCUCAGGGGAUCAUACUGCGGUUUUUCCAUCUUUGCAACAUCUUGAAUUUACGGGCUGCCCAAAGCUAUUGAUUCAUUCCAUUGCUGAACUUUUGGUUCCUUCAAAGGAGGGCUUAAAAAAUUCUGAAAAAUUAAAAAUUGAAGAUCCUGAAGAAUUGCAAAUGAAUUGUCAAUUUGCACUUGAACGCAAGAGAAUGAAGCGCUCCAUUGAUGAGGAUGAUUAUAUCGAAACAUUGAAAAGUAACAGAAGUUAUUUUCCACUAUUAAGCUUCACUAACUUGCACCAUCUUAAGGUCUAUAAUUGUGAAAGAUUGAAGAAUCUCUUCCGAGUCACAAUUGCUCAAAGUCUUCCACAUCUUGAAUAUCUGGAAGUAGGAUUAGCCAAUCAACUAGUCCAGGUAUUUGGAGCUGAAGAUAAAGCAGACAUUCAUUAUGAGAAGGAAAUCGUUUUCCCCAAGCUACGGACAUUGCGGCUAGAGAAAUUACCAAGCCUCACCAGUUUCUGCCCUGCGGGUUAUCGUUGCAUAUUUCCAUUAUUGGAAGAUGUAACAGUGAUUGGAUGUCCCCACUUAACAACAAGCUUUACAAUUGCACCACCUCAUUUUGGUUAGCACUAAAACACACAGGUAUUGUAAAAUAGAAAGUGAUUUGAUGAAAAUGAAUUGAACAAUGUUCAAUAGGAAAUAGUUGCAGAAAAAAUGAGGAGUAAUUGUUUUUUUUGAAAGGAAAGAAAAUGGGAAGUUACAUA